GAAAAUGCUGCGCCUAUUAAAAACAACAAAUUUACUAAAAAAUUCGGGAAGAAUUUUAUCGGCAAAUUUGCCUAGCUUGGGUGCUAAGGCAAAUUAUGCUGCUAUGCCAGAGCCGAAUACAAAUCCGGAUAUUCUUUAUACUGGGCUCUUCAUAAACAAUGAAUGGCACAAAAGUAAAUCGGGCAAGACAUUCGAAACAAUCAAUCCCUCCACUGAGAAGAGCAUUGCUGAGAUACAAUGUGCCGGCAAGGAAGAUGUCAAUUUGGCCGUUCAAGCAGCCCGUAAUGCAUUUAAAUUGGGCUCACCCUGGCGCCGCAUGGAUGCCUCACAACGUGGUGUGCUAAUCAAUCGUUUGGCUGAUCUAUUGGAACGUGAUAUUGUCUAUUUGGCCAGUUUGGAAACUCUGGAUAAUGGCAAACCCUUUGCCAUGUCCUACAACGUCGACUUGCCAAUGGCAAUUAAAAAUCUACGUUACUUUGCUGGUUGGGCGGAUAAAAACCAUGGCAAAACCAUACCCAUGGACGGUGAUUUCUUCGCCUACACCCGUCACGAACCUGUUGGUGUUUGCGCUCAAAUCAUCCCCUGGAAUUUCCCCAUCUUAAUGAUGGCCUGGAAAUUAGGUCCCGCUUUGGCUACCGGCAACACCAUUGUCCUGAAACCAGCCGAACAAACCAGUUUGACAGCUCUUUAUAUUGCCCAAUUGGUGAAAGAGGCUGGUUUCCCGGAGGGUGUUGUUAAUGUUUUGCCUGGUUUUGGUGAUACCGGUGCCGCUUUGGCCAAUCACACCGAUGUCGAUAAGGUGGCCUUUACCGGCUCCACUGAGGUGGGUAAAUUGAUCCAACAAGCCUCGGGUAAUACCAAUUUGAAACGUGUCACCUUGGAAUUGGGUGGCAAGAGUCCCAACAUUGUUUUGGCUGACUCCGAUAUGAGUUAUGCUGUGGAGACCUCCCAUUUCGGAUUAUUCUUUAACAUGGGUCAAUGUUGUUGUGCUGGUUCACGUACCUUUGUUGAGGAUAAAAUCUAUGAUGAAUUUGUCGAACGCAGUGCUGAACGUGCCAAGAAACGUACCGUGGGCAAUCCCUUCGAUUUGAAUGUUGAACAGGGACCCCAAGUCAAUGAGGAACAAAUGCAAAAGAUUUUGGGUCUCAUUGAUACGGGCAAAAAACAAGGUGCCAAAUUGGUUGCUGGUGGUAAUCGUCCCCAAGGUUUGCCCGGCUACUUUGUUGAGCCCACUGUCUUUGCAGAUGUCAAGGAUGAUAUGACCAUUGCCCGUGAAGAAAUCUUUGGCCCCGUUCAACAAAUUAUCCGUUUCAAGAAACUCGAUGAAGUUAUUGAGAGAGCCAAUAACUCGGAUUAUGGUUUGGCAGCUGCUGUCUUCACCAAGGACAUUGAUAAGGCUAACUAUAUUGUGCAAGGUCUACGUGCUGGCACAGUUUGGGUCAAUACCUACAAUGCCUUGUGUGCCCAGGUGCCUUUCGGUGGCUAUAAAAUGUCUGGCCAUGGUCGUGAAAAUGGUGAAUAUGCUCUGCAAAACUACACUGAAGUUAAGAGUGUUAUUGUUAAGUUGGCCCAAAAGAAUUCAUAAGAAGUUUA